AUGGUAAAAUCAAUUGCGUAUCUACUUCUUGUCGGAGCUGUUGCUCUUCCAGCCAUUCUUGCUUAGAGAUGGGUCUAAACCUGGAGCGAUGAAUUCGAUGGUGGCCAAAUCGAUAGAAAUAAAUGGCAAUACGACAUCGGCGGUGGCGGCUGGGGAAACAAUGAACUUGAGUUUUACACCGACAGACCACAAAACUCCUGGGUCUAGGGAGGCUUUUUGCACAUCUAAGCCUUAAGAGAAGACUAUGGUGGUAGACAAUACACUUCAGCAAGAAUGAAUACUGCUGGGCACUUCUCGACUCUCUACGGUAAAUUUGAAAUGAGAGCAUAACUACCUUACGGACAAGGUAUAUGGCCUGCCUUUUGGCUCCUCGGUGAAAACAUUGGAAACGUCGGCUGGCCUGCAUGCGGAGAAAUCGAUAUUAUGGAAAAUAUUGGAAGAGAUCCAAAUAAUCUCUACUCAUCACUCCAUGCCCCAUCAUAUGAUACCACCAAAGGAUACUACAGAGGCUAAGGCUUUGCUGAUGGCUUCCACACCUAUGCUGUUAACUGGCAACCAGAUCACAUCGAAUUCUACUUCGAUGGCCAACUUUUUGAUACCGUUUACAAAAGUCAAUCAGGUGGUCACUGGCCAUUCGAUGAAGGUCACAACUUCUUCAUUAUUUUGAACUUGGCUGUUGGUGGUAACUGGCCAGGAAACCCAGACGGUUCUACUCAUUUCCCUCAACAGUACGUCAUCGACUACAUCAGAGUCUAUGAAGCUGACUGGAGCAAAGUUGAAGAAGAAGCUGAGUUCUUGCAAUGA